AUGUCCAGUCAGUCUUCCCAUGAUUCCUUGCAGAAAAGACAAGAAGCAGCGGCUGAAGUAGCAGCUACACAUGAGGUGAUUAAAAUAAUCAACUCACAGCAUCAAUAUGAAGAGGAAAUCAGGAAACUUGAGGCAGAGGAUAAAAGAACACCAAAUCUGACUCCACUUGAGAGCAAAGGCCAGCCUCGUAGAGGGGGCUCUAGCCUGAGUGAUAGACCGCUGGUGGCAGAUCACUUAGAUCUGCCGCGUCCCGUCCAGAAGCCACACGUGGAGGUUCCAAAGAUCUGGACGCUAUUGCCAAGGCCCUCAGAGAGGAGGUCCCUCCCCAGGGGGAUUUGCCAAGCCCCGAGCCCAGCUGUGUGCCAAUGCAUCCAUGCCCAGGAGGGGCUGAGACAGGGAAUAGUACAGCUGGCAGUGGGAGGACUCGUGGGAAGCGGACAGAUCAACCUGGGCUUCCCCGAAUCGACUCCAGAUCAGCUGGACCAUCUAGGGAUGUCGCCAUUCCCCGGGAAAGAGUCUGAUGAAGAACAUGAUUCACAGGAGCUGAGGAUUGUGCUGCUGGGAGUCUGUGGAGCGGGAAAGAGUUCAACCGCAAAUGCAGUACUGGGUCGAGAGGCAUUUAAAGAGAGCAGAACCAGAGAGAGUGAGAAACAGACAGGAAGAGUAGAAGACAGAGACAUCUCCAUCAUCGACACGCCAGGAUUCUUCAACACUCACCUGACCGAUGAAGAGAUGAAGAAUGAGAUGAUGAAGAGUAUGUUCCUCUGUUAUCCUGGUCCUCACCUGUUCCUGCUUGUCAUCAACCUGAAGACCUUCAGAGAGGAGCAGAGGAACCUCGUGGAGCAAGUUCAGGAGAACUUUGGAGAAGAAGCUUUGCUGUUCACAAUGGUGUUGUUUAUUGGACGAGAAAAAGUAUCCAAAAGAGAAUUAAAUCAAAUAAUUGAAAGUCAAGCAACACAGAAAAUACUGAACUACUUUGAGGGAAGAUGUCAUGUGAUAAACAGCAAAAGUGAAUGUGAUUCCAGCCAGAUCAUAAAGCUCCUGAACAAUAUUGAUAAAAUAGUGAAUAAUAAUGGAGGACAACACUACAGUAAUGAGAUCUACCUGAAGAAUCAGAGGAAAGUCAGAGAGGAGGAGAGGAUGAAACAAGUAGAAAAGAGACUCAAACAAGAGGAAGAGAAAAUGAAACAAGAGCAGGCGAGGAGAGGACACAUGGAGAUGAAGAAAAUACAGGAAGAUAGUGGGACAUGGAAGCGGAAAGGAGGGAUAAAUCAAGAGGAGGACAUAACAAUGAGAAGCAAAGAGGAGGGAAUAAAAGAUGACAAUGAGAGGAAAAGAGAGAAUGUUAGAAAGAAGAAAACCAAAUAUCUGAGAGAAAACGGAGCUGCUGUUCAGGAAAAUCUCAGAAGACAGAUGGAAAGUUGGAGAGAGAAAGAAAGACAGAGAUGGAAACUAGAAAGAGAAAAUCCAUCAAGACCAGGUAACUACUGA